AUGAUGAUGAAGGAUAAUACAACCAAUGAACAAAAACAACAACAUUCGAAUAGAAAGCCUUUCUUUUCGGGUGGAUUGGGUAGAUCUUCCUCUCUGAGCAGUCCACCCAAAACAUCAGCAGCAUCCUCUCAAGUUACAAAUCCUCCACCCCCACCACCAAAUUCAAGAGCUGCCUACGAGAAAAUGAGAGAAGAACGUGAAGAGCAGCUGGAAGCAGAAGAAUUUGCACAAAGAAGAGAACAAAUUAGAGACAAUUUCCAAAAGCAAUUUUUCGAAAAUAUGGAUCCAAAUGAAUUUAAAAAGCUUGGGAACAAGCUCAAAUUGAUGAGAAGGCAGAAUAUAAAAAAUUACUUUCAGACAACAGAUGAGAUGGUGGAUUAA